AUGGCAGCGCUGGAGGCAGUCGAGAGUGGCGACAUGCUGAGACAGCACCUGGUGGAAUUGCACCGCGGGCUGGGCUACCGGACCCACAUGGAUGACGUAAAGGCGAUCAAGAUGGUGGAGGUCACGGGCUGUAAGAAGCGGCUGCUCAUCGACAUCAGGUCGCUCAGGAACGACAUAGAGUUCAACGACGUGGUGAGCAAGUGGGUGAACACCAAGCAGAUGAUCGCCGACUGCCUUACCAAGUACGUGCUCCGGACGGGCGAGUACCGGUUGACGGCGGACCCCAUGGCAGAGCAGGUGAUCUCCGAGCAACGGAUGGAGCUGAAGGGUCGCAGGGGCGAGUGCUACCGCUCGAAGUAUCCUCGUCGGCAUCGGCCUGCCGACCAGCCCUUCGCACGGGAAGGCUACACCUACUUCGAGGACUGCAUCGUGGACUUGAGGUGCAAUGCGCGUGCAGCUCGACCAGCGCCCGAACACUACCUCCGUUGGCGGAUGAUGCUGGGCCAGCGCGAGGACGACGUCUACAACGAGAAGCCCGAGGACAUGGUCGAUUGGUCGGGACUGGGUCAAGUGGCGAAGCGUCGGAGGAUUCCGACCCAUGUGCGCAAGUUGCUGACGAUAUACGCACCGACCAAGGAGGCUCUCGAGCGCUACGAAAAGGAUUUCACGGAGAAGCAUAACCUGAAGGAGGCGGACACGACCAACGACAUCGAGCACCACGAGGACGUGAAUAUCAUUUCGGACGAGAAUCAAAACGCGGACGAUACGGCGGAUCUGGACGGCGUGAAGGAGAUCUACAUGAUGGACGCCGCGGGUGCCGAGACCGAGGAGAUCGGAGGAGGCGCCGCUGGAGCUAGUGCUACGUUGGUGGUAUGUGCAGUAUGUCGGAUGGUGGUGGACCAGUGCGAAUGUCAGCCGAGGGCCCGCAAGAAGGCCAACCACAACAUCCCUGUUCCGAGUGAUGGUGAUGAAUGGGUCGAGAUUCCCGGGCAGACCGAGCAGUCGGCAGGAUCGACCACCAGGAUGAAGACUACGGAGUUACCGAUGGACAAGGCUCGCAGACUGCACGAGCGGUCGAGGCAUCCUACAAGCAGGUGGAACACGACCCGGGCGAUGUACUGGGGGAAAAUAUCCUAG